AUGAGAAGUUUGAUCCUGGUCUCACUGUGUUUCUCAACAUGUCUGCUCCUGGCUGACAGCCGGCAUCCGACCUGUAACUUCAUGUUGGAGGUGAAGAGAGACCAGCUGGAGUGUGUGAAGCGGCUGACGGAGGAGGAGGAGGGCGGCGGUGUCGCUGGCUGCAGAGGAACGUGGGACAACAUCGCGUGUUGGGAUCGAGCCGAGAUCGGAGAGACGGUCACCAUCCCCUGUCCUCGAGUCCUCAAGACUCUGUUCGGCAGAAAUGGUAACAUCAGCAGGAACUGCUCGUCCGCCGGAUGGUCGGACGUUUUCCCAAACAUCAGCAGUGUGUGUGAGUCGGACCCGAGCCAGGACAAGCUCGUCUUCUACGUGGUGGUGCAGACGCUCUACACCCUGGGUCACAGUCUGUCUCUGAUCGCCCUCACCACAGGGAGCGCCAUCCUCUGCCUGUUCCGGAAGCUCCACUGCACCAGGAACUACAUCCACCUCAACCUCUUCUUCUCCUUCAUCCUGAGAGCCGUGGCCGUGCUGGUGAAGGACGACAUCCUCUUCAACCGAACCUCGCAGUGCUCCAACCAGCCGUCGCUGGUUGGAUGUAAAGCCAGCCUGGUGUUUUUCCAGUACUUCAUCAUGGCUAACUUCUUCUGGCUGCUGGUGGAGGGUCUGUACCUCCACACUCUGCUCGUCGUCAUUUUCUCCGAGAACAGACACUUCAUCGUCUACAUGUUCAUCGGCUGGGGAAUCCCCACUGUGUUCGUGUUUGCAUGGACAAUGGCGAGGAUUUAUCUGGAAGACACCGGAUGCUGGGAGAGGAACGACAACCCUAUACCCAACUGGGUGAUCAAUGGACCUAUUGGAUUCUCCAUUAUGGUGAAUUUCAUCCUCUUCAUCAGCAUCAUUCGGAUCUUGGUUCAGAAGCUGAGGUGUCCUGACGUGGGCGGCAACGACCAAUCACAAUACAGGAGGUUAGCCAAAUCCACGCUCCUGCUGAUCCCUCUGUUUGGGAUCCACUACGUGGUCUUCGUGUCGCUCAGUGAAUCCAUCGCAGAAGAUUAUAAAAUAUUUUUUGACCUGGCCCUCGGGUCCUUUCAGGGUCUGGCGGUGGCCAUCCUGUACUGUUUCCUCAACAGUGAGGUGCAAGGCGAGCUGAAGAGGAAGUGGAGGAGCGUGUGUCUGAACUGUCGUCCGAGCAGAGAUCGCCGCUUCACCAGCACCUUCGCCUCCAGGAACGGCUCCGAGCACAAGAUGCAGUUUCACCGCACCUCCCGCACCCAGUCCAUCCUGCAGUCGGAGACCUCGGUGCUGUGA